UAGAAUAUAGUCUGCCGUGGAUCGUCGGACCGUUCAGUCUUUUUGUGUCGUUCAGUACCAUCCGAUUCGUGUGAUCGACAGCAUCGCUCAACGUUUUUUUUUCAUUUUUUUUCCAAUUCCUUGAAGUAACUCAAAAAAACACAAAUCAAAAUGGCUGAUGAUGAGGCUAAGAAGGCUAAACAGGCUGAGAUCGAGCGCAAGCGCGCCGAGGUGCGCAAGCGCAUGGAGGAAGCCUCCAAGGCCAAGAAGGCCAAGAAGGGCUUCAUGACCCCAGAAAGGAAGAAGAAACUCCGGUUGUUGCUGCGCAAGAAAGCCGCUGAGGAAUUGAAGAAAGAGCAGGAACGCAAAGCGGCUGAACGUAGACGCAUCAUUGAAGAACGUUGCGGCAGCCCCAGGAAUCUCAGUGAUGCCAGCGAAGGCGAAUUGCAAGAGAUUUGCGAAGAGUAUUACGAGCGUAUGUAUAUUUGUGAAGGCCAGAAAUGGGAUCUGGAAUACGAAGUCAGGAAAAAAGACUGGGAGAUCAACGAUCUCAAUGCUCAAGUUAACGAUCUUCGCGGCAAAUUCGUUAAGCCAGCCUUGAAGAAGGUGUCCAAAUACGAAAACAAAUUUGCCAAGCUGCAGAAGAAGGCCGCUGAGUUCAACUUCCGCAACCAAUUGAAGGUGGUCAAGAAGAAGGAGUUCACAUUGGAGGAGGAAGAGAAGGAGAAGAAACCCGACUGGUCCAAGGGCAAGCCCGGCGAUGCCAAGGUAAAGGAGGAGGUUGAGGCCGAAGCUUAAGUGUCCACGUCCACGUAGUGUCCACUGUACCACCCGUGACUCCCGCCCUAAACAAUAAUAAUUCAAUACAAUACAAUUAUUUCACCACAAACAAAACAAACAGAAUACAA